AUGUUUGUGAUUGACAAAAGUGCAAAUCGAGCAACAGCGCCGUCACCUUCACCACCGCCCGCAACGGCAAACGUGGCAGUGGUUCCUGAAAGCGGCAAAACAUUCUUUGGGUAUAUCUCGGACCUAUCCAGUGACUCCGAGUCAGAUGCAGACAUCGAGGACUCCGACAUUAACUCACUGGAUACUAAUGACGACAACGAAACGAUGCCCACUGGUGAUGGCCGGCUGCCAAGAGUUCCUCCUCGCAAACGGCAGAGAUUAGAUGUGCCACGGAGAGUUCAACAGGAGCACAAGCGGGAAUAUCGGAGAAAGGAGAUGAAUAAAGCCUUGGGAGACAUGGACAAGUUGCUAAAGUCGAAGAAGACGCAGUUUAUUGGUGGUCCGCGAGGUCUCCAAGCAAGACGUACCCAAGCAAUUCAAAGCCACCUGAAGCUCGUAGCGACAAAUGGAAGGACAUUUCUGGAUGCCUCGGAGCGUGCAGCUGAGGCACAUGGUUUUGCUGCCAAGUGGGGUGGAAGGCAACUUCGAGGUUGGACCCGCAAAUGGUUGAUAAAACGAGAGCUGCCUGUCUCAAGGCAAGGCCAUCAUGCAAAAGUCUAUUCGCUUCUCAGCGACCCUGCAAUUGCGUCAGAACUCAGAUCGUAUGUUCGGUCGAACAAGUGGGCGAUGGAUCCAGAGAAACUCACGCGGUUCACUGAAAAUCAGCUCAUACCCAGCGCAGCAGACAAGUACCUUCAAGAAAUUGUGCAUGAUGAGAUGCCUCGUGGACUGAAGCGGUAUAUGGAGGACGAACUUUUCCCUCGCAUUCAUCUCAAGGCAGGCCGCAGCAUUUCUCUGAGCACAGCACGACGAUGGCUCCAUAGCGAAGGCUUCCACUGGGUCUUCGAAGACCAACACGCUUUGAGGAAGAAGGGGGUUGGUCGAGGAAUCCAUCAAAGCGAUGUGAUAUGUUCAACUAUUGGACACCUUGCGGAAGCGAGUCAGACACUUGAAUAUGGGAAAAAUUAUGAUGGUUAUUGGACGGGAGAACUUUUCGUUAAACAGCUCAAGGAAAAAAUCAUUCCUGCCUUCGAAAACGCACACGGACCUGGAUAUCAGGCUCUCUUCAUGGUCGACAAUUCUCAGGGACAUUCAGCUUAUUCUGAAGACGCAUUACUCGUCAGCCGCAUGAACGUUAAACCAGGUGGGAAACAAGCCCAUAUGCGAGAUGGAUGGUUCAUGCGAGAUGGCAUCAAAGUCAUCCAACAGAUGGUUUACCCACCGGAUCACCCAGAGUUUCCAAACGAGCCGAAAGGAAUGAAGGCUGUGAAGAAAUAUCUUCGUGACAACUGUGAUUAUACAUUCGACACUUUGAAAGACAACAUGCCCAUAGCGCUCGCAUCAGUGCCACUCCAAACCAUCCGGCGGUGGGAACAUCGCAUGUACAGGUGGAUGGAUGCUUACAGGAUGGGACUCGGGACUGUGGACGCACAGCUGCAGGUCAAGAAAUUUAGUUCAAGACAGUAUAAAUCUCAUAGACGUAUUCCAGACACAGUAGCACAAGUUUUUGACCAGUAG